CAGGCUGCAGCACUAGCUGCAUCGCACCUUGGAGAUACACACUGCAUCAUAUUCCACAAGACCUUCUUCGUCGUUGCACAAUGUUGAUGCUGCAUCCAAAGUGCGUAUACAACACUACGACUACUUCAUCCGAAAUUACAACAAAUCCUCUCGGUAUCUCGUCAUUUCACCCAUCGGACAAAGAAAUUAACGCGAUCCGCGCGGUAUUAUCUUCUUUAUACCAUCCUCACUAAUGCUGCAUACGCACCAACCUGUCACGAAGUCCAUAACCACAGCGACCAUGUCAACCCUAUCCGGUUUCACCUGGCCCCAAAACGCCAAGACCAAGCGUAGCUCCUCGUCCUCGCCAAUCCUUGUUCCCGACCACCGUCCCCUUAUUAUUGGGCUGUCAGUCGCCGGCGCAGCGACAAGUAUAGUCGUUAUCUACACAGUCUUCUUCUUCUAUCUCAAAUGGCGCAAAUCUCGUGCGGCUAAACAAAACAAGGAUACCGAAUCCGAAGGUAAGAUCGGGCUCAAAGAUAAUGACCCCUCACCGUAUCUGGGUGACGGCCACCAAGGUGGGGAUAUAGGUGAUAGUCGUAGUGCGCGCGCGUCCUCAGAACUGCCUGUGCAUUAUAGCGGUGUGAGGAAGGAGGAUGGGAAGUUGGGUUUCGUGGAGGUUGACUUGGGUGCGGAGAAGGGUAGAGAGUGAUGCGAGUUUGUGAGUAGGCAUGGGUUGAGAGGUAAAGUUGCGCGUUGACGAAGGUGUUUUUCGUUGUAUCAGUUUCAUGGUUUUGAAGUAAGACGUGGUUGCCAUGGAUGGCCGAGCCAUGAGCGAAGCGAUGACUAUGAAUACAUCUACACGCCUAAUCUGUAAGAUUCGGGCAAUGGGC